AUGAGGAGCAUAACCAGCUGGUGUACUUCCUGCAUCCCAGGCCGUAAGCAGAAAGAAACCAAGACGGAAGAAUCAAAGAAGUCUUUACGAAAAAAAUCUAGUGGUCCUGAUGACCAAGCUCAAGGAGCCACCCAUGCUGCCAGUAGUGAUACUGGUAGCGCAGCUGUUGUAGUUAUGACUGCAACCCAUAUGUCUGCCAUGGAAGGCAGUGGUUGCGGUAGUUCUCACGGUGGCGAUGGGGGUGGCGGUGGCGGUUAA